AUGACCCUCUUUUCCAAGAUUGUGAAGACGUCAACCGAUGCGAUCAAGUUCUUCCAGUUGCUUGCCCGGUACACCCCCAACAGCAAUAGCGUCGUACAGCCAGGACAGGUUUCUGAUCAGCCAGUCACUACUAGGAAGCGCAGGAUCAGCUUCAGUGGUGAUAACCAGACGCCGAAACGAGUAAAAUUUGAGCAGGAACUCGGACAUACGUCAAGGCACGACAACAACCCUCGCAAAAGUCCUUCUCAACGAUCCAAGCUCACCAGGACCAGCCCCCCAAAGCGACAGAAGAAUCAGUUUCCUUUCAGCAACCAAGUCAUUCAGUGGGCAACCGAGCACCAGGCCCCCGACGAGGGCAAUGAUGCUCAAAAGCGUACACAUAAUUGGAUAGUUCAACAACAUCUUCAACGUGCACUUAGCCUUGACAGUCUGGCGAGCACGGUAGACCAAGCCGGCCAUAGACAGCCGGCCCAGACUUAUUCUGGCGACAACAAACCGAAUUCGAAACGAGCAUAUCCUUUCGACGAGGCUGUGCCUCCCCCGCGCAAACGAUCGAGGCAGAGCGCCAUUACACGCUCAGCCUCUUCCUCAUUAGUGCGCCUCCUCAGGCGGCAGGGCGCGUAUGCCGUCAUCCCAACAAGAUCGCGGCGGUUAGGGACCUUGCCCCCGGAAAUCUUACUCUGCAUCUUCGACAGCUUGGACUGGAAAUCCCGCAUGGCAGGCUCCCAAGCCUGUCGUGUCUUUGCGUCAGUAGUCGCCCGUCUUAUAGGGAGUCGAAACGACCUUCGCAGAACGAAUAUCAUCCCUAUCUUGAUAUUUAACAUUGAUAUCCUCGUACACGCAGCCAGAUUACAGUCGAACUCGAUCGAGCCCUACAUCUUUCGGCCUGACGUCUUCCUAUCGUGCUCAUUUCCUGCCCAAUCUGAUAUAGCAUUUUUUGUUCGCGGUCUAGUCCUGCUCUCAGAAUUUGUUCCCGCCGGUACUCCUCUCAAGUUCUCGCUGUUCCUCACCGACAUUCCCGUCGACCUUCGCAAAGAUGUUGCGACGCUCGUUUGCAACGUCCAUCAAAAGGAGUUUGGUAGCAUCGCCAUUUUCGGGUCUUCACUAAUAGAUCCCCCUGCGCGUUUGCAACGCGGAGGUCACUCAAACCGCUUCGGUGCUAGUUCCUAUCGCGAAGUUACGCUUUCUUCCAUCGCCUUCCAAGACGGCAUGGCUGGCACAACCCGACAUAUACUUGCUAGCGGGUCCUCCAUUCGCUCCCUAUCACUUGCGUGCGUUCGGCUCAAGCCACACCAAUGGGGUACCCUUCUCAACCCUCUCACGAUCCCUGAGCUCGAAGACUUUGCUGUACCCGUGACCUGUCCCGGAUCCGUUGUACAAGACUUUCUCGGACGACAUCAGUCCAUAACAUAUCUGACCGUUGAAGAGUAUCAUGACGACACGCAAACGCCAGCCGGUUUCCGUGUUCCCGAGGCGGUCAGCACACUCUGUGCGCCUCUUGCCGUUUGGCAAUCCAUCUUGCGUGUUUGCACCCUCAAUUCCUUGUAUCAUGCCUCGAUCAACCUGCCCGCAGUCCAGGCUUUGGAAGCGGGCUAUCUCGCGGACGUUCACGCUAUCGUGUCCCAGUGCGUCGGGCUCGGAUGGUUGACGAUCACUCUUCCUCAAGGCUUGGCUCGCGAGGCUGCACUUCGCGUUACUCAAGGACUCACUUUCCCUGGCAUCACUACAUUGUACUUGGAUUGCACGAGAACAACUGGAGUGGACACCGGCGACGGCAUGGUGCCUCUGGUCGGCGCGUGGACCAGUUCUUUCCCGGACCUCACGACCUUUAGAUUUAGACCGCAUAUUGGCGACGAGGGCUUCGAAAGAGGAUUUGACAACAUCCGUGGCGAACUUAGAGCUGAGAUGCAGAUGUAUGUAGAGGAUAGUGUCGACCUUGUCAUCGUGUGUUUCUGA